AUGUAUGACUCUUUAGAUAAGAAUGUUGAUGUGGAAAAUUUAGCACUAUUACCAUCUGGUAUCCAUUUUCGUAAUUAUUGUCUAGAUGACAAUAAUGAAAAGCGUGUAGAAACAUUUCUUGAUACACUGUUUGAUCCACAUCAAUCCCUUCUUGUGACAAUAGAAAAACAUUUAACAAUAAUUAAAUCAUAUAUAAGCGGUGGAAAACCAUUUGAAGAGUUCUGUACAGAAGUACGUAAAUAUAAUAAGAGUAUAUUAUGUGGCUUUGUAUGGACUAAUGCAACCAUUAGUUAUCGUUGUCGUACAUGUGCAGCAAAUCCAUGUAUGAGUCUAUGUUCUGAUUGUUUCCAUAAUGGAAAUCAUCAAGGACAUGAUGCAAAUAUGUUUCGAAGUAUUGGUGGUGGUAUAUGUGAUUGUGGUGAUGUAACUGUAAUGAAUUCAAAUAGUUUUUGUAAACAUCAUGGACCUAAUCGAAUUCCCAAUGCACAAAUACCAUAUAAACUUAUUCGAUGUGCUCAAAUACUGUUACCAAGAGUUAUUCUUCGAUUUGUUCAACAUUUACGAAGUCAUGCAUCACCUAUUAAGUCUAAUACAUAUUCAACUAUUGAAGAAUUUACUUCAUUAACAUCUCUGUUUAAUCUAUUUGAUGAUUUGUCUAAUGCUGGUUCAUGUAUUCGUUCGAUUUUUACUGAUUGUUUACUUAAUAUAGAAUUAUACGAAAAAUUUAAUACUCAACCAUCAAUUAAUGAUCUUUCAAAUAUCUCGUAUAAUAUUUAUUUACAACAAUUAAAUGAAACAUCUAGUCUUCUCAUGCCAAUAUCCUUACGUACAGAUAAUUCAUCAGUCUAUUUUCAUAUUAAAAAAGCGACAUGUCUUUUUGAUGAAAUACUUUUUUGGCUAGUUAAAUAUCAAAUUCCUGAACGAUUAUUAAAAUUCUUACUCAUGUUAUUAACUGACUUGAACUUCAAACGUUCAUGUAUUCAAUCGUUUCUUAAUAUUUACGUAAUGGUAAUUGAUCAAUUAAUUCAUUGUCGAAAUUCUCGUGAAAGAAUGCAUAGUGCUCGACUUGUACAUAUUAGUGUACAGUUAUUUUCAAAUAUUGAUAUAACAGUUCAAGCUAUUAAAGAUUAUCAUUUGAUGGAGUUAAUACUUUCAUCUCUAUAUUCAAUAUUUUCUAAUAUACAAAUCAAUUGUCAAUUACAAAAACCAAAAGAAAAUUAUCAUUUAGUAAUAUAUGAUAUAGAUUUUUCAAAAAAUAUGCAUUAUUGGCCUAUAAUUUCGGAUUUUAUUAAUAUAUUGUCACAUGAAUACGCGAGUAAAGAAUUCUUAUUAGAAAAAAGAUUUUUUAUAACUUGGAUUAAAAUGAUUAGUUGGUUUCAAGGUAUGAAUGUUAAUCAUCAUGAAAUUGAAUCAGAAAUUUUAUUACAAUCAAAUACGAAUUAUCUAUUUGCUUUUACAAUGGAAACUGAAUGUUGUGCUAUGGUUUUAUGGACAAUUAAUGCUCAUAUUAUGAAACCAGAUUUUUUGGAUAUAACUACGAAAGUAAUUAAUUAUCUAUUUCUUGAAGUUAAACAAUGGUUUUCAUCAAUUGGGUUUGAACAAUAUAAAGAUAUUAUAAAAAAUCAAGUAACAUUUCAUAUACCUUUACAUCGUUAUAUAUCUAUAUUAAGUUAUCUUUCACUUAAUUAUCAAAAUGGUGAAUUAAAAACUUUAUUUCCAAUUGAAAAUGAAAAAUUUUUACUUAAUCUUGCAAUAUUUCCAUUACGAAUUCAAGUUGUUAAAUAUGAAAUUCUAACCAAUACAAUAUGGUCAUAUCAUAGUUAUGAAAUGCAAAUACAAUCUGAUAUGUAUUCUAGUACUCAUGGAAAUAUCUGUUCAUAUAUGAAUGAUGCAGAUAUUUUUCUAUUACAAUUGAUAUCGACUUUAGUAAAUAUUAAUAAAUUUAUGGAAAUGUUUUUUAAAAGUUUUUAUGUACAUGAAUGGCUUGUUCAAAAUACAGAAAAUAAUCUAAUUUUUGAAAAAUCAAGUUAUAUAACUCUACUUGAAGGUAGUCUUAUAGUUUUAGCUACUAUUGUUGCAUUUUCACCACAUCUUGUAUUAGAUGAUUUUGAACAUCGUCGAGCUGAAAUAAUUAAUGCAUUAGUAAUACAAGAUUGUCAUUAUUCUUAUUUGGAUGAGCAUAUGGGUGAACCAAAAAGUUUUGCAACAUCUAAAUAUGACAUACAAUCAAUUGUGGACGAUAUAGCUGAAUAUAUUUCACCAACAAUUGACAUAACAAAUCAACCAAAACAAGGACAAUAUAAACUAAAAGAUUUUCUAUGGGAAGAUGAAUUUGAUCCACUACAUGUUUUAUCAAGAAUAAGUCGAAGAGAUUUAUUUGAAACAACAAUGCAGCGAUAUACGAAAUGGUAA